GGGAGGCGUGGCUGCGGGAUAAAAGCAGCGGCGACGCCGAGUUCGGAUUUAUAGCUGGACACGAUGGCCGCAUGGGCUGAGCGGCUGACGGGCGUGCGGGGAGUGCUGCUUGACAUCUCCGGGGUGCUAUGUGAUAGCAGCGCAAGCGGUGCAACCGCUAUCGCAGGCUCUGUGGAGGCAGUGGCGAGACUGAAACAGUCCCCGCUGAAAGUGAGGUUCUGUACCAAUGAGUCCCAGAAAUCCCUGAGAGAGCUGGUGGGGGUGCUUCAGCAGCUGGGGUUUGACAUCUCAGAAGAAGAGGUGACUGCCCCUGCACCAGCCACCUGCCAGAUCCUGAAGGAGCGAGGCCUGCGGCCACACUUGCUUAUCCAUGAAGGAGUCCGCUCAGAAUUUGAUGACAUCGAUAUGUCCAACCCAAACUGUGUGGUGAUUGCGGAUGCUGGGGAGGCCUUUUCCUAUCAGAACAUGAACAGAGCCUUCCAGGUGCUAAUGGAGCUGGAAAACCCCGUGCUCAUAUCCCUGGGAAAAGGACGCUAUUACAAGGAGACCUCUGGCCUGAUGCUGGACGUUGGAGGUUACAUGAAGGCGCUCGAGUAUGCCUGUGGUAUCAAGGCUGAAGUGGUGGGGAAACCCUCCCCUGAGUUCUUCAAGUCUGCUCUACAAGCCAUAGGGGUGGAAGCCCACCAGGCCAUCAUGAUUGGCGAUGACAUCGUGGGUGACGUUGGCGGUGCCCAGCAGUGUGGAAUGAGAGCUCUGCAGGUGCGGACCGGGAAGUUCAGGCCUGGUGAUGAGCAUCAUCCAGAAGUACAGGCAGAUGGGUACGUGGACAACCUUGCGGAGGCUGUGGAUCUGCUGCUGAAGUACACGGACAAGUGACCAGCCUUCAGAGACAGUGGACAAGGGCACCCCUGCUCCCAUACUCCAUCACUGUGCCCUCUUCCCACAUACUUCCAGGGCACCAGGCCACCCAAGGCUUUGCCAGGACAGAUGCUAGAAGUUCUAGGGUGCUUGUUCCUGGGCCAGAGCCAGCCAUCCCCUUCACCCACCCUCUGCGGACUCCUUGUCAACAUUCCUCCCUCCCUAGCGUCUGGGCAGAGGUUUGUUCCCCUCCCUGGCCCAUGCCAUGUUUCCCCUAAUGACAUCCAAGAAGGUGAAAGAGACCUGUCAGGCCUCCAGAAAAUGAAACCCUUGGGCUGAAAGGUCCCUCUGAAACUAAGUCCCUGAACUCCUUUAGUCACCUUUGGCACGUGGUCCUUUAAUUGACCAUCCAAUUGGAUGAGAUGCACUGCCUCCUCGAUGAACUCUCUGAAUGAGAGGAGCCUACAGAAACCACAGAGCUGAGCCAGCCUGCCCACCACCCAUAGCCCUAUCUGGCCCCAGUCAGAAUGACUGAUCAGCACUCUGCCUCCAACCCCUGUCUUAGGAAACAGGCUGGGAUAACUCUCAGGAAACUGAAGAGUACCCUCCCACAGAGAGAAAUGUCCACCUCUACAGUCAAGACUGAAGGCACAGAAAGCUCCUUAGAGUUGGGAUGGACAGACUUAACCAUGUUGUCUCCAGUGUACAGAACAAGCUAAUGGCUCAAUAAACUUGACCCCAACAGCCCC